AUGGCACCCUCACCGUACCAAAACGUCCCCUACGAUGCGCCCCUCUCCUUCCCCGAGCCGACCUGGCUCUGGCGCCGCUACAAGUGCUUCUGGGAGGGCACCACGAGCAAGACGGUGACGGACGCCGACGUGCCGCCGACGGACCUGCGCGGCAAGUGGAUCGUCAUCUCGGGCGCCAACAGCGGCAUCGGCGAGCAGGCGGCGCUCGACUUUGCGCGGUGCGGCGCCAACCUCGUGCUGGCCUGCCGCGUCAGCCCGGCCGAGAAGCACCCGGGCGCCGUCGCGGACCACUGCACGGCCGUGGCGCGCGCGGCCGGCCACGACAAGAGCUCGGUCGAGUGGUGGCCGAUUGACAUGGGCGACCUGGCGACCGUCGACGCCUUUGCCGCGCGCUGGCUCGCGACCGGCCGCGCGCUCGACGUGCUCUGCAACAACGCCGGCAUGGGCACCAACCCGGGCGGCCUGGCCCGGCACGUGCGCAGCGUCGACGGCUUCGAGCUCGUGCACCAGGUCAACUUUCUCUCGCACGUGCUGCUGACGCUGCGGCUGCUGCCGGCGCUCGCCCGGGCGCCGGCGCCGCGCGUCGUCUGCACCACGUCGUGCAUGACGUACAUUGGCGUGUACGACCUCGCCAACUUCAACGGCGAGGGCUGCCACGGCGUGCAAAUGUACAACAACAACAAGCUCUACUUCCAGUGCUGGCUGACCGAGAUGCACACGCGCCUGCUGCGCACCGACAAGUACCGCCACGUCACCAUCAACGGCGUCCACCCGGGCUACGUCAACAGCGGCAUCUGGUCCUUCAAGGCCGGCGAGGGCUUCCUCGGCUGGGUCAGCGUCGCCCUCAGCUUCGUGCUCCAGUUCUUUGCCAGCCUCUUCGCCAUCAGCACCAAGCAGGGCUCGUACUGCAUCACCAACGCCGCCACGAGCGUCGACGCAGGGCCUGACCCGCAGACCCAGGGCGUCGGCGAAAAGGGCGGCAAGGGCGGCGGCCGCUAUUUCAACCGCAUCUGGGAGGCGAGGAACAUGCCGCACGCCCAGGAUCCGGAUGCGAGACUGCGCGUCUGGAGAAAGGUCGACGACGAGCUGAAGCUGACGGACAAGGGCCUGCUGAGCUGGACUGAUUAA